AUGCGCUUCCUCGUUCAGGACUUCGUUGCGCACGAGGAUAUGCUCGCGCAUGACUUGAAGCACCCUUUUAACGCAGAGCGGCACUACCAUCAUAUCCCUCAGCACUUCGGAAUAGGCCAACGUCUCCGACUCGCCAUCCGUGUAAUCGUAAAACAAAUCCUUGAUUAUCGUCGGCGAGCUGGUAUCACUGCCGAGUGUCGAGGCAUCAUCUGCGUACGGGGUAGUGGAGCUUUCGACCAGGGUUCCGGAGCCGCUGUUGCUGGACAGAUCCUCGUAUGCCCUGAUAUUGGUCGGAGUGUUGACUAG